CUCAGACCUUGGCCCAUCAUUCCGUGAUUUGAACGCUCGCUUCCCGUAGUAAUUGGAAUUGAAGUUUCCUCUUCCGCUCUAAAUUAUCGAAAAAAAUGUCUCAACUAAGUCUGAUCCUUUUGGGCUGCCUGGUGGCUAGUGGAGCUGCCAGCGUAUUGCCAAGUGCCAGGAUCCUGGUGGUCAAGGACAUUAAGGAGUUUGUCGUUCAGCAUCCGGGGGUGCAUCUCCAGGCCAUGGAGAAGGAAGUUGUUCCCUCAAAAGCCCGCGAAGCUGGUUCCCUAACAGUCCGCUAUAAUUUGGGAGCUCGUAUUGGUGGCGAUCGCCUUGUGGCCCAGGGUGCCGAUACCUUCAACUAUUCCCAGCUCCAAGACGUUAGCCUCCAGUUGACCUAUCCGGAAUCUGGUGCCGGCGCCAUCGUCUCCUAUGUCCAGAUCCUGUGCACCCAGGACGAUAGUGACGGCAGUGCCUAUGUGAUUGCCGGUGGAAUUGGCCAGCGCCUCAUCUCGAUUGUCCUGGAGGCGAAAAACACCAGGAACUUCUCCUACCAUGUCGAAUACUACGGACAGUAAUAGGUCCCCUCCUCCCUUUUAGAAAAUAAUUCUUGACUUUGGAGUUUUUUUUUUCUUAAAAAAUCUUUAAAAAAAAAAUAUAUACAUAAUAUCUAAAAUAAGAAAACUAAGUUGUUCUAUUUUUCUUAAUUUUCUAAUUUAAAUAAAUAUAUUUUUGGAAAGUAUCGGUUAUCAUUAUACCAAUAUAUUAUAGA